AUGAAUUCUUUACUUAGAAAAAAAAUCGACAUUAUUGAAAUACCCGAACUAACCUCACGGUUGAACAUACUUUGUUUAAACGAUGAUUGCUUGAUUGAAAUAUUUAUGAAUUUGACAAUCAAAGAUCGUUUUAUGAUAAAAAGAGUGUGUAAACGUUGGCACGACGUGGUUGAAAUGUCUUGGCGAAAUAUUAAGAAGAUUAAUGGGCUUUCUCAACUCUGGGGAAUAAAUUGGUCUAGAAAAACGGAUAAAAAAAUUUUGCGCAUCUUCCAAGAUACGUUGCUGCAAUGUGCUUUCUAUCUAACUGACAUUGACUUCACUGAUAUGUAUAUCGACGAUGAUAUUUUAACAAUAAUCGUUCAAGUUUGUCCAAAUUUGAUGUCAAUAGAUACAGGAGGAUUAUUAGUGACACAGAAUGCUUUAACUAAUUUAGUUAAAAACUGUCAUAAAGUUGAAAAACUUUGUCUUAGUUUCUUUGCCGACGGAUGCAAUGAAACUCAUCUUUCACAGUUUUUAAUUCAUGCCAAAAAAUUGAAGUAUUUCAAAAUAGUUUGCAAUUUCGAUGUCACAGGCAGUUUUCUGUACAAUUUGUCAACAACAACAAUCAGCACCUUAAUAGUAAAGGACUGCAAAAAUUUAAUGAUUUCUAAUGUUUGUAAUGUAAUUUCAAAAUUCUUGAAACUUCAAACAUUCGUUUUGAUUUUAACGAAUUUUCAUUAUGAAUCUUCAACUUUCGGUUAUCAAAAAAAGAUAACGUAUCUGUCAGAAGAAAUUAUAACUUUACAAGUACCAAACAUUAAAGAAAUUGAUGUAAAUAUAUACUAUCGAUUAAAAUAUUUACAAACAUUGAACAUUUCUGGGACAAACGUGACGGACGAUAUUUUGAUAUCAAUAUCUAUGAAUUGUAAAGAAUUGCGACAUGUAUUUUUAAAUGAUUGUUUUGCAGUAACCGAUUCCGGGCUUGGUGCCAUAAGUUCUGUACCCAAGCUACAAACUUUAUCUUAUGAUAACCUUAAGAAAAUAACCGGUAGAUCCAUUACUUAUAUUCCCUAUUUACGCAAAAUGUCUUCUUACGGCUGUAGCAAUUUGGUGGACGAUGGACUCUGUGAGAUUCUGAGGACAAAUGAAAAUCUCGAAUUUAUAGACGUCGGACAAUGUCAUAAUCUGAGUGUUAAUUUUAUUAAAUUUGCUUCGGAAGCUGUAAGAUUACGAACUAAUGGAGUAUCACUAAUUAUUUAUAUAAGCAAAUCAAUGCGCCACAUUAUAAAACUUAAUUACUCUAUUUCUCCGUCUUUACAUGUAAUGAUACCUGUUGAUGAUCUUAAACACCAGUACACUUAA